AUGGCCUCGGGAGCCGGAGGAAUAGGAGGGGGCGGUGGCGGCAAGAUCCGGACGCGGCGUUGCCACCAGGGGCCAAUUAAGCCUUACCAGCAGGGGCGACAGCAGCACCAGGGCAUUCUUAGCAGGGUUACAGAAUCUGUUAAGAAUAUUGUGCCAGGAUGGCUACAAAGAUACUUCAACAAGAAUGAAGAUGUAUGCAGCUGCUCAACAGACACAAGAGAGGUACCACAGUGGCCAGAAAAUAGAGAAGAUGAUCAUCUGGUAUAUGCCGAUGAGGAGAGCCCUAAUAUUCAUGAUGGGAGAAUCACUCCUGAGCCAACAGUCAGUAAUACAGAAGAACCCUCAACAACUAGUACUUCUUCAAAUUACCCAGACGUAUUAACAAGGCCUUCUCUUCAUCGGAGCCAUAUGAAUUUCUCCAUGUUGGAAUCUCCUGCAUUACACUGUCAGCCCUCCACGUCCUCGGCAUUCCCAAUUGGCAGUUCUGGAUUUUCCCUUGUAAAGGAAAUUAAAGAUUCUACCUCUCAGCAUGAUGAUGAUAACAUCUCAACUACCAGUGGUUUUUCUUCAAGAGCUUCUGAUAAAGAUGUAGCUGUUACAAAGAACACUUCAUUGCCACCUCUGUGGUCCCCAGAGGCUGAACGUACUCCCUCACUCUCACAGCACACUGCCACCAGCUCAAAAAAACCAGCAUUCAACUUAUCUGCCUUUGGAACACUUUCCCCUUCACUUGGGAAUUCUUCAAUCCUUAAAACAAGUCAGCUUGGAGAUUCUCCUUUUUAUCCUGGAAAAACAACGUAUGGUGGGGCAGCAGCUGCUGUAAGACAGCCUAAACUACGAAACACACCAUAUCAGGCACCAGUCAAAAGACAGAUGAAAGCUAAGCAGCUCAGUGCACAAUCCUAUGGUGUGACCAGUUCAACAGCUCGGCGAAUAUUGCAGUCAUUAGAGAAGAUGUCAAGCCCUCUAGCGGAUGCAAAAAGAAUUCCAUCUAUUGUUUCUUCUCCCUUGAAUUCUCCUCUGGAUAGGAGUGGAAUAGAUACCACUGCAGACUUUCAGACCAAAAGGGAAAGGGUGGACUCUCAGUACCCCCCUGUUCAGAGACUCAUGACCCCAAAGCCAGUUUCCAUAGCAGCAAAUCGAACUGUUUAUUUUAAACCAUCUCUGACCCCGUCUGGUGAAUUAAGGAAGACCAAUCAAAGAAUAGAUAAAAAGCACAGUAUUGGAUAUGAAAAACCUGUGACACCAGGACAAACUAGAGAACAACGAGAAAGUGGCUUUUCUUACCCAAAUUUCAGUAUGUCUGCAGCCAAUGGUUUAUCUUCUGGAGUAGGUAGUGGAGGCGGCAAGAUGAGACGAGAGAGAACGCGCUUUGUUGCAUCCAAGCCUCCAGAGGAGGAGGAAAUGGAAGUACCAGUAUUGCCGAAAAUCUCUCUACCCAUCACCAGUUCUUCACUGCCUACCUUCAAUUUUAGUUCCUCUGUGAUCACAACGUCCUCUCCAUCACCCAUUAGUCCUUCGCAAUCAUUAACAAACAAGGUACAAAUGACCUCUCCAAACAGCACUGGCAGCCCCAUGUUUCGAUUUUCAUCUCCAAUUGUAAAAUCUACUGAGGCAGAUGUACUACCUCCAUCAUCUAUUGGAUUUACAUUCAGUGUGCCUGUUGCAAAAACAGAACUUUCUGGCUGUAGUAGUAUUUCAGAACCAAUUACAAGUAGUAGUGGGCACAAUAUCAGUGCAGUGAAUAGUACAAGCUGUAAGAAGAAGCCAGAUGAAGAUUGUGAGGGCCCUGUUAGACCUGCAAAAACCCUGAAAGAAGGAAGUGUCCUAGAUGUUCUCAAAAGCCCCGGUUUCACGUCACCAAAGGCAGAUUCUCUUGCUUCUCAGCCUACCACCACAAGCCCGGUCGUUUAUACAAGACCAGCAAUAAGUAGCUUUUCUUCUAGUGGCAUCGGGUUUGGGGAAAGUUUAAAAGCCAGACCAUCGUGGCAGUGCGAUACUUGUCUACUCCAGAACAAAGUUACAGACAGCAAGUGCAUAGCCUGUCAAGCAACAAAAUUGCCGCCAAAAGAGACUGCUAAACAAGCUGCAAUUGGAGCACCAAGUAAAAGUGACAAAUCAACUCUUCCCGCGUCAGGGACGGGUUUCGGAGACAAAUUUAAACCAGCAGUAGGCACUUGGGAUUGUGAUACCUGCUUAGUGCAGAAUAAACCUGAGGCGAUAAAAUGCGUGGCUUGUGAAACCCCGAAGCCUGGGACUGGUGUUAAGCGAGUCCUUACGUUGCCCGCGGCUUCAGAGAGCGCUGUGACUGUGGCUGCUUCAUCUGCCACCUGCACUGUGACCACGGCCGCCUUAGGGUUUGCAGAUCAGUUUAAAAGGCCCGUGGGAUCUUGGGAGUGUCCAGUGUGCUGUGUUUUUAAUAAUGGAGAAGACAGUAAAUGUGUGUCCUGUGUGUCUGAGAAACCAGGAAGUUCGGUACCUGCUUCAGGUAGCAGCACUGUCCCCGUCUCUCUGUCUUCUGGAAGCUGCCUGGGGUUAGAUAAGUUCAAGAAACCCGAGGGCAGCUGGGACUGUGACGUGUGCCUGGUACAGAAUAAAGCAGACGCUACCAAAUGUGUGGCGUGCGAAAGCGCAAAGCCAGGCACAGAAUCUGAGUUUAAAGGCUUUGGCACAUCUUCCUCGUCUUCAAACCCUGCAGCCUCAUCCUUCAAAUUUGGUAUCCCAUCAUCCUCUUCGGGGCCUUCUCAGACUUUAACAAGCACUGGAAAUUUUAAGUUUGGAGAUCAGGGAGGCUUCAAAAUAGGAGUGUCUUCAGAUUCUGAGUCUCCAAACUCCAUGAGUGAAGGCUUCAAAUUUCCUAAACCAAUAGGAGAUUUUAAGUUUGGAGUUUCGUCUGAGUCUAAACCUGAAGAAGCUAAAAAAGACAAUAAGAAUGAUAAUGAUUUUAAGUUUGGACUUCCUUCGGGCUUAAGUACUACAGCUUCGUUAGCUCCGUUUCAGUUUGGGGUGUCUAACCUUGGUCAGGAAGAGAAGAAAGAGGAACUACCUAAAUCUUCAUCUGCAGGCUUCAGCUUUGGUACCAGUGUUAUUAACCCCACACCUGCUGCUACCAACACCGCAGUGACCUCUGAGAACAAGAGCAGCUUCAGCUUUGGAACCCUAGAAACCAAGAGUGUUUCAGUGGCUCCUUUCACAUGUAAGACGUCAGAAGCCAAAAAAGAAGAAAUGCCUGCCGCCAAAGGAGUGUUCACUUUUGGCAGCAUAGAACCCGCCCCUCUGCCGUCUGCCUCAUUGUUUGUGUUGGGAAGGACAGAAGAGAAACAGCAAGAGCCGGUCACUUCUACUUCUCUAGUGUUUGGGAAGAAAGCUGACAGUGAAGAGCCAAAGUGUCAAUCAGUGUUUUCCUUUGGAAAUUCAGAGCAAACCAAAGAUGAGAGUUCUUCAAAGUCCACCUUUAGUUUCAGUAUGGCAAAACCAUCUGAGAAGGAAUCGGAACAGCCGACAAAAGCCACUUUCACGUUUGGAACUCCAACCAAUACUACGGCUGAUCCAGGGGCAGCAAAGCCAGCGUUCGCCUUCCUGAGCAGCGGCGCUCCCACAGGCAGUGCACCGGCCGCCGCGGGGACUGUGUUCCGAAGCCCCGCCGCCUCCAGCGCGCCCGGGCCCGCCUUUGUGUUCGGACAGGCCAGCAACCCCGGGGCCAGCUCUGCCUUUGGGAACUCGGCCGAAUCGGGUGCACCUCAGUCUUUGCUGUUUUCUCCAGAGAGCAAACCAGCGACCACGUCGAGUGCGGCCGUCACCCCGUUCGUCUUUGGGCCGGGAGCCGGCAGCAACAGCACCACGGCCUCCGGCUUCAGCUUUGGAGCUACGACCACAUCCAGCUCUGCAGGAUCCUCCUUUGUAUUUGGCACUGGGCCUUCAGCACCAUCUGCCAGUCCAGCAUUUGGGGUUAACCAAACUCCGACAUUUGGACAGAGUCAAGGUGCCAGCCAGCCUAAUCCCCCGGGGUUUGGAGCUCUGUCCCCGGCAGCAGCGCUGUUUUCUGCGGCUUCUCAGCCCGCACCGCCUACCUUUGGGACUGUGUCAAGCAGUAGCCAGCCUCCUGCGUUCGGACCGCAGCCCAGGCAGUCUGCGUUUGGCUCUGCGGCAGCUCCGAGUUCCGGUUCGGUUUUCCAGUUCGGCAGCGGCAGCACCACCAAUUUCAACUUCACGAGCACCAGCCCGUCGGGAGUAUUCACGUUCAGGGCGAAUCCCAGCCCCGCGGCGGCCUCGGCGCAGCCUUCCGGCUCAGGGGGCUUCCCGUUUCCGCAGACUGCGGCGACGUUUACAGUGGGGUCAAACGGGAAAAAUGUGUUCUCUUCUUCUGGAACUUCUGUUUCUGGCCGCAAGAUAAAGACUGCCGUCAGGCGCCGCAAAUGA